CGAACCAAUUUAACAGGUCGAGGAAACUAUUUUCUGUGACGUCGGAAUAAAUUUACAUGCUAAAUGAGAUACCCACGUGACUGACAAAUCGACCAAUCCGCUGAAUGAGUUGGGUUACUACAAAACAUACUACGUUUGUAAAAUACCAGUGUUUUCAAAUUGCUCUCGGAAAGACAUGAUGCAUUUUUUCAAGAUUUUUUCAUGCUUUAUACAAAGUUUAUAUUAUUAUCUACUAAUUCCAUGCUCACAUUUACAAACAAUUCAUUAAUAAUGAUAAUAUUGGGGCUUUCUCCACUCCAUUGAAUAAGUCUAUUUGUUGACAAUUGAUUGUAUUCAUGUGCUUAUUGUAUCAGCUGUGUAUCAAUGAAUAAAAAUUUCACGUGUAUUCCAUGCUCUUAAACAACCGAAUCGAGGUGUACUCACUAUUGUCAUGUAUACAGUUUAGAAUGGUGUAGAAAUGCUUUGGUGCAAAAUUCUAUUAUUGCUACUUGUUGCAAUGCCAUUCAAGCGUCGAUGCUCCUUCGAAAAACAUUUUGAACAUGGGACAGACAAUCUGCUAGACAGAAAACACAUCCCAGCAGCUGUACGUAAUUCGGCAAAACUUUACGGGCUGCGGGAUUCACGUAGAUCUAUUUGCACUGGGUGCUGUGCGUUUUUGGCAAGGUCGUCACGCAAAAGAAAAUCAGACGAGUCAGAACAAGGAGGGUCACAAGGAAAGAAAUCAAAUAUUCCCUUCAACGACGAAUCGUCUGACCAUGUCAACAUCGAAGUCCAGACAGGUAUAGUGUGUCCAACUCUAGCACCAUCUACUUCUUCUUUGGAUGCUGCUGUUCAAACGGUGCCAAUUUCUUCAUGUGGAAAAGAAGUUCAGACUUGUACAAGCGCAAGCAUGUUAGAAGACAAUGUAUGUCAAACAGAUUUCAUUUAUGAUACAAAUGUGCAUUUGCUUGAGAAUUUGCAAUACCAAAUAGAUAUUUUGAAUGAAGAAAUUAAAAAGAAAGAAAUUGUUAUCAAUAAAUUGAAAAAUGAAAUGAGUGGUCUAUAUAAUAUCCACAAUCAACAAGAUCAAAUCAAUUUUGUGAAAGAAAUAUUUUGUGAAAAAUCAAAUUCAUUGAAAUCGAAUCAAUUUGAUUGUGAUGUAAGUAUGUUGUCAAAUAUUUCUUUAGAUGAAAUGUAUGAAAAGCAGGCACCAGUUGUCAGAACACUCUUUGAUUGCUUGACCCAACGCUCGCAAGAAGACGAAUCAUUUGAAAAUCGCCAAAAACGGAAAUUUCGGAAAUGUUUAGCAUUAGAAUUGUUAAUUUCCGCUAAUAAUCUGCGUUACGUUUCACCACUGUCUUUUGCUCCUUUAGUGUUAUUAUAUAAUUCAACAGGGAGUAAAACUGCUGUUGAAUUAUUUUGCCACACUUUGCCAUCAGGUAGCUAUCCUUUCCUUCAGAACUGGCUAGCCAAACUAGAACCACACAAAAAUGAUAGUGACAAUUCUGUAUCUGAUCUCAUGUAUGCUUUUGACAACAACCAAAGGUUACAAAAGGUAUCCAAGAUCACCACACACAACCAAAACAAAUCAAAAAUUUUGCUGAAGAAAGAGAUAAAUUCAGAAUGA